CAGAUGUUUGAAAGAUGAAACUCAUCCGGCAUCUUAAUUAAAACACAAAAUAAAAAUGAACAGUCAAGGAUCGAAAAGGAUAUACGCGAAGUUACCUGUAUGGAUUGUAGAAGACCACAACGAUGUCGUGCCCUACAUAUAUCGUGCAAUAGCUUCCAGACAUCUUCCGAUGAAGAAUAUAAAAAUGGUCCACCUGGACUCGCACCCCGAUCUCUUGAUCGCUGUUAACAUGCCAGCGGACACCGUGUUUGAUAAAGAAGCAUUGUUCAGUGAGCUCAGCAUUGAAAAUUGGAUCAUGCCCAUGGUUUACGCUGGACACGUCUCCCACGUCAUGUGGCUCCACCCCUACUGGGCUCAGCAAAUCAGGGAGGGGGAGCACAGCAUGUGUGUCGGGAGAGACGCCUCCACAACCACGAUCAGGGUUACGAGCACGGACGAUUACUUCCUCAGCGACGGGCUGUAUGUGCCCAGCGAUCAGCUGGAGGAGCCCAAACCCCUGCGUCUGAGCGUCAUCCGGGUGACCCCGGCGGAAGAAGAGUGCGGGAGGGGGGAGGAGACGCAGGAGCGGCCAACUAAACGCCCGCGAACGCAGACCGUGAAGGCAGAGGAAGACGGUGCUGCUGGGAGCAGCCAGGCCGCCUGCGAUUGCAGACUCCAGCCACCAGGUGGCAGCAGAACCUCAGCUAGCAAUGGCUUUGGAAGCGGAGAGAAGCUGCAGACGCAGGCAGACUCAACCACAAAAGCUGUGGCCGGCCUCAGCUCUGCGAUCGAGCCGACCGACUCCUUCAUCCUAGACAUCGACCUGGACUUCUUUUCCUGCAAAAACCCGUUCAAGGAGAUGUACUCUCAGGAGGAGUACGCUAUUCUACAGGAGCUCUACAGCUUCCAGAAACCCAGCGAAAACGCAGAUGAGGACGAGUUGUCAGACUGUGUGGAGAGACGCGUUCGCCAGCUGGAGGACCUGGAGGCGGCUUUUGCCGACCUGGUCGAAGACGACGGUGAAGAAACGGUCAAUCGAUGGUCAGCCAACCCAGGGAUGAAAUCCCUGGCCGGACUGGUGCAAAGCCUGAGGAGUCGAACAGAGUCUCCUGACUACGGGAUGGUGCAUCAGGCCGGGCUGACGUGUGACUACUCGGAGCUGCCCCAUCACGUGAGCAGCGAGGGGGAGAUCCAGCGGCUGGUGAAGGCGGUGCAUCUCAUCCUGCAGGCUCUGCCCAAACCCACGCUGGUCACCAUAUCCAGAUCCAGCUUGGAUGAGUACUGUCCGGCCGAGCAAGUGGACUCGAUCCAGCACCAGGUUCUGGUCAUCCUGGAGACACUGUACGGCUCACUGGAUGUCCACAGAGAGUACGCGGGGGCGGAGUCUUUGGUCACUUCCUCCUGAGAGGGGAUGGGUGUCCUCCCACGGGAAAAUGUAAUGCUCUUUAAAACACACAAAAGACAUUUUUAACUAAACUCUCUCGGUGAGAACCACUUUCAAAUAUAUGUAUAUUUUGCAUAUAUUUUAAAACACUGCAAAAUGAUGUAUGAUGUAUACUAUGUAAGAUAUGCCUGAAAGUGCAGACAUGAACUCUUCAGUAAUUGGUGCAUCUUGACCUAUAUUGAAAUAUAAACCCUUUAUAUUUUGAAAUUGGUAUUUUACUGUAUUAUGAUUGCUAUGGAGAUGACCCUGGCUGGUUUCUGUCUGCAUUUGCCCGGAGCAGAGGCCUAAAUGUAGCACAGAGGACACUUUCUUUCAAAUGCAUCUUCACUGGAGACUCAGUGGAACUCUGUCCGAAGCUGCGCAUUCUAGAACCCACCCUGGGAACAGAGGCUAUCGCCGCGGAACGGCAGAGUCCCGGAGCGGUGUGGGGUUCGAGACUAUCGCCAUGGUGAUGACGGAGCCCAGAGUUCCUGUUGUCUCCCUGGCCUUGCUGCCGUUCCUGUCUGAAAGCGUUCUGCCUGGGGCUGCGUGCUGGUUUUCAAAGGGCUUCUUAAACAAGACAGUGGGCUCCCCGCCCCGAGGGAACGGGUUUUAAUUAAACACACAAGCGCGGCUUCAUCAGGCCCUUAAUGAAAUCAUUUUGCAAAGCCUUACCCUGCUGUUCAGCUCUCAGCGGUGUGGAGAAAGCAAACUUCCCCUGAAAGGAUACACAUC